AGAGUGGUCAUAAGGUCAUUCAUUGAAUUCGACAACUGAUUGGAUUAGGGCUAGGGCUUGUUUCCCCUUUUCCUUUUCCUGCGACAUUCCAUGACGCAUUCUUCGUGCUGCUUAGAAUUAGAGACCAUUUUCAAGCACUGUCACUGCACUUUCUUUAGACUCUCUUGUCACCAUUUUUGAUUUGGUCACUGUUGCACCUAGUGUUUACCGUACAAACAUCUGUGGCAUCGACUUGCAGAUUUUACCGAUCGAGUCUCAGUGAUUUGUUUUAUUUUGCCAUUCUUGAUGGACUUACCCCACUCUCAAUCCAACUUGUCUCUUGGGGUUUCUUCUCAUGCUUCGACGUCUCACCGAGUCCGGAUGGCUGACGACUCAAUUUCGCUCCAGCUCGACUCGAGCUUCCGUGAUCCUAUGCACCCGGUUCCUCCGGUUCCGCUUCAAUUGUUGGAGCCGCACUCGGAGAAUCAGAGAGCAGAGAAUGGGAAUUUGGGGGUAGAAUCUGAUGAAGACGAUGAUAGAGAAGUAGAGGAAUUUCGAAUUCUUGGUCACUCAAUGUGCUUGAAGAGGCGAAGAGAUAGCGAAUCAUCAUCGUCUUCUUCAAAUUCCAAGAGGAUUUCGGUCGAACCAGAUCUUGAGACGCGGAGAGCUGCUGUCCGAUCAUGGGGUAACCAACCCCUACAAGUGGCGGAUCCUGAUAUCUAUGCGAUAAUGGAGAAGGAGAAGCAAAGACAGUAUAAAGGGAUUGAGUUGAUAGCUUCUGAAAAUUUUGUGUGUCAGGCUGUGAUGGAAGCUCUUGGAAGCCACUUGACGAACAAAUACUCCGAGGGAAUGCCGGGGGCGCGGUAUUAUGGAGGGAAUCAAUAUAUUGACGAAAUUGAAACGCUCUGUUGUGAACGUGCCUUGGCCGCAUUUCAACUCGACCCCGAAAGUUGGGGUGUCAAUGUCCAACCUUAUUCAUGUACCUCGGCUAAUUUUGCUGUAUACACGGGACUGCUGUUGCCUGGUGAUCGUAUCAUGGGGCUGGAUACACCAUCUGGAGGAAAUACUAGUCAUGGGUACUACACUCCAAGUGGGAAGAAAGUUUCGGGGGCGUCGAUAUUCUUUGAGAGCUUGCCGUACAAGGUGAACCCACAAACGGGAUAUAUUGAUUUUGAUAAGCUUGAGGAAAGGGCACUUGAUUUUCGUCCGAAGAUUCUAAUUUGUGGUGGCAGCUCUUAUCCUCGAGAAUGGGAUUAUGCUAGGUUUAGGCAUAUUGCUGACAAAUGUGGAGCUAUUUUAAUGUGUGAUAUGGCUCAGAUAAGUGGGCUAAUUGCAGCCAAGGAAUGUGCGAAUCCUUUUGAUUGUUGUGAUGUUGUUACUUCAACGACUCACAAAAGCCUUCGUGGUCCUAGGGGAGGCAUAAUUUUUUAUAGAAAAGGUACCAAACCAAGGAGGAGAGGGAGCCAGGGACAUGACAGUGAUCAAUAUGACUUUGAGGACAAGAUAAAUUUUUCUGUCUUUCCAUCAUUACAAGGGGGACCACACAAUAACCAUAUUGCAGCUCUAGCUAUAGCUUUAAAACAAGUGGCUGCACCUGAGUAUAAGGCAUACAUGCAACAGGUGAAGAAGAAUGCCCAAGCUCUAGCAUCUGCUUUAUUCAGGAGAAAUUGUCGUCUUGUGACUGGGGGUACUGACAACCAUCUAUUACUUUGGGAUUUGAGGCCUCUGGGCUUGACAGGAAAAUACUAUGAGAAGAUCUGUGAGGCAUGUCAUAUUACUUUGAACAAAAUUUUUGUUUUUGAUGACAAUGGUACCAUUACUCCUGGAGGUGUACGGAUUGGUACCCCUGCCAUGACAUCAAGAGGGUGUCUGGAGGCUGAUUUCGAGACAAUGGCUGAAUUUCUUUUUAGAGCUGCACAAAUUGCAAACAUACUGCAGAGAGAGCAUGGGAAGAUGCAGGCUGUGUUGAAGCAUCUUGAGGGUAAUAAGGAUAUCAUAGAGCUCCGUUCCCGGGUUGAAUCAUUUGCAACUCAAUUUGCAAUGCCAGGUUUCGACAAUUGAACAAGAUUACUAUAGUAAUAGGCCUUUGUUGAUAGUUUCUGCUUCAUUGGCUUUUUCCUGUGCUUGAUUGUUGCAAAAGCAAGCCUGCUGAUCUGCAUAUGGCCUUUGGAGCUUUGCACCCUCAUGUCAACAGUACUGAAAGCAUAGUGUUGUACUGUUGUUGAGGUUGUUUUUGUUCACAAUAUAUUUUGCUACACUGAGACAUUGCUUGCAUGCUAAUUGCAGCAUUGUAGCCACUAUAGAGUUUGGGACUGGGUUAAUAGGUAUUUGAUCAAUCCGCGUGAUUACGGGUAUUUGAUCAAUCCACAUGGUGCAAGAAUUCUUUUUUGGUGAGCCUGCUUAGCAGAAUUAAAUUCUUAUGGUAAGGUUAGAUGCCUUUGCCUGUAUGAUGCUGAAAGCAUAAUUUAACCAUAUAUACCAUGCCUUGUUCAUAUAAGUUUUUAAA